CAGGCUGACUCAGCAGCUGCUCUCCGCUGCCCUUGCAGGUCAGGAGAACGGUCUCCCCACACCCUGCUCCUGCUCUUCUUCUACUGCCCCAUCUGGGCACAGCUUCCUGCACCCCACAGAUCCCCCUUUGCCUGGAGCACCAACGCAGGAGGCCUGCUUUGGGCAGAGACCGGACCCCAGAGAAACCAGCGUGAUGGUUCAUGGGCAGGGAGGGUUCAAGUUCCAGAACUGGGCUAGGAGCUAUGGCUCUUCUCCAGAACUGUACUUCCAGCCAACAUCAGUGGAGGAGAUCAAAGAGAUUUUGGAUCUGGCCAGGCAGCGGAGUAAGAGGGUGAAGGUGGUUGGUGGUGGACAUUCCCCUUCGGACAUCGCCUGCACAGAUGACUUCAUGGUUCAAAUGGGGAAGAUGAACAAGAUCCUCAAGGUGGAUAAGGAGAAGAGGCAAGUGAUGGUGGAAGCGGGAAUCCUCCUGUCUGAUCUAAACGUCGAGCUGAGCAAGUACGGGCUGGCUCUGCCCAACUUAGGGGCCGUUUCGGAAGUGGCGGCCGCAGGGGUUAUUGGAACGGGGACACACAACACGGGCAUCAAACAUGGCAUCCUGCCCACCCAGGUGGUGGCGCUAACGCUGCUGACAGCUUCGGGGGAGGUCCUGGAGUGCUCUGAAUCCGUCAACGCCGAGAUCUUCCAGGCCGCUCGGCUGCAUCUCGGCUGCCUGGGCGUGGUCCUGACCAUCACCUUCCAGUGCGUCCCGGAGUUCUACCUGCUGGAGACCACCUUCCCCUCCACCCUCCAGGAGGUGCUCGACAACCUCGACAGCCACCUGCGGCGAUCGGAAUAUUUCCGCUUCCUGUGGUUCCCCCACAGCGAGAAUGUCAGCGUCAUCUAUCAGGAUCAUACCAACAAGCCUCCUUCGUCCUCUGCCAGCUGGUUUUGGGAGUAUGCCGUUGGAUACUAUCUGCUGGAGUUUCUGCUCUGGAUCAGCACGUUCCUGCCCGGCCUGGUGUGUUGGAUCAAUCGCUUCUUCUUCUGGCUCCUCUUCAAGGGCAAGGUGGAGCACGUCGACCUCAGCUACAAGAUCUUCAACUACGAGUGCCGCUUCAGACAGCAUGUCCAGGACUGGGCUAUCCCCAUCGAGAAGACGAAGGAGGCCCUGCUGGAGCUGAAGGCUGUGCUGGAGAACAACCCCAAAGUGGUGGCACACUACCCAGUGGAGGUGCGCUUUGCUCGGGGAGACGACAUCUUGCUGAGUCCCUGUUUCCAGAGAGACAGCUGCUACAUGAACAUCAUCAUGUACAGGCCCUACGGGAAGGACGUACCCCGGCUGGACUACUGGCUCGCCUACGAGAGUAUCAUGAAGAAGGCUGGGGGGCGACCGCACUGGGCAAAGGCUCACACCUGUACCCGGAAGGACUUUGAGAAGAUGUAUCCCAGCUUCCAGAAGUUCUGCACCAUCCGGGAGGAGCUGGAUCCCACCGGCAUGUUUCUGAACGUGUACCUGGAGAAGGUGUUUUAUUGAGGGAUGACGGGGCACUGGAGAAGAGAAAUGAAGCUUGCCAGUCCAUCUCCCGUGCUCUGUCCUUUAGAGGUGGGCAGUGCUCCUUGUGAGACCUGCUCCUUCCAUGAUGUCCCCCAGAUUAGAACCCAGCCGCUAUCUCUGGGCUUCUAGCACGUCCCAUCUCCAUCUCUUAGGCUGGAAGCUCUUGAGUCAGGGACUGUCCACAUUUAGUGUCCUGUACAGCUCCGA